UUAUGAUGUUAGUAAACUAAACAUUAAAAUAUUAUCGUGAACUGAAAAUUUAUUAAGUAGUUGGACAUGCCUCUAAGUAAUAUCAAACCAAAAUGUUCAAAAUGUGAUAAAACAGAAUCACCUUUGUGGAAAACAGUUAAUGAUGUUCAUAUGUGUUUAGAUUGUUUUGAAUCCAAUAAAGAUAACCUAAAAGUAGAACCUGAAGAUAACGUAACUAUUAAACAAGAAGAAGUAGAAUCCAAUUGUAAUGAGGAAAAUAAUAAAAACGAAAAUGAAAUCAAUGGAACGAAAUUACCACUUCGAAAAAGUACACGAAGUACACGAUAUAAACCUAAAGUGAAUCCUCUCUCAUUCACAAAACCAUUAACGCCAAAAGGAAAAGGAAGGCGAAUUAUUUUCAAGAAAACGCCAAUCAAAGCACCAUCAGCUGUAUCCACUGUCGUUACAAGCAAAUCUAUAUUUUUUAAAGGAAGUUAUAUUCAGGUAGGCGAUAUAGUAUCCGUAAUUGAUACAGAAGGUGAUACAUACUAUGCACAAAUUAGAGGAUUGUUAACAGAUCAAUAUUGUGAAAAAAGCGCAGUAUUAACAUGGCUAUUACCAACAAAAGCCAGUCCCGCACCAGCGCUUGGAUUCGACCCUGCAACUUAUAUAAUUGGUCCUGAUGAAGAUGUUCCUAGAAAAUUAGAUUGUAUGGAGUUCAUUAUGCACGCUCCUUCGGAAUAUUAUAAAGCUAAAGAUACACCUUAUCCACCUGUUGAUGACGAAGCUACUUUACAAAAUGGUUUCAUUUGGACAACAUUAGAUCCUGUUUCGAAGAUAAAUAAUGAAUCUUAAUUUUUGUGUUUUAUUGAAUUUUAUUUAUAAGAUGUCUAUGUCAAAUCUAGAACAAUCACAGUGCAAACUUAAUAAUUCUUCUUAUUAUAUACUGAAAAUUCGACAAUUUUCUUAUUCAUGAUUUUUAUUAAUAACGUUAACUCAA